AUGUUCCUCUUCGCCCAAGAGACCAAGACCCCCGUGAGCACCUACACAGACUCCUACCGGCCACCCAACUCCGUGAAGAAGAUUUUCCAAGAGCCCUCGGCACGGCUCUGGAAGGAGAACAAGUUUGUGACCAAGGGAUUAGCGAUUCCGCCAGUGCCGAGCCCCACGAGCCCAGACCAGCAGGAGAAGCUGCUGAAGGCCGCGGCACAGGAGUUCGCCUACAGGAACGCCGUGGAGCCCAGCGCCUACCUGCCCGAGAAGUACUGGGUGACCCGGCAGGAAGAGAGGUACAACCCGGUUUUUGUCAAUGAGGACAGGUACGUCACGUGGCGAACGUCCCCUUAUAACAGCGGCCUGGAAAAUAAAUACACCACCUACCUCCCGCGCCUGCCCAAGGAGGUGAAGAUGGAGGCGCUGCUGGAGAGCACAGCCAGGCCCGAGCACCUCCACCGCUGCGAUGGCGACAUCGGGCCCCCGGACACCACCCGGCACCUCCACCCGCUGGCGGAGAGGGCUGAAUAUCCCGUACUGCCAGUCCAGCCCCGGAGUAACGUGCUAUGCACUUUCAUGCAGCCCGCAGCCAUCCUGCCUGUAUACGAGCCCUAA